AUGUUUAGCACGUCUACCCUGGGUGGAAAAAGUGUACAUGACCAGCUGGUACAGUACCUAUGGGAUGAGGACUGGAAACCCAGGAAUAAUGCGCAGACAGGGGAGUGGCUCAGUAAACACCGAAAAGAGGACUGGCAAUUUUGCCAUGCCAUCACCGAAAGUCUCAAGUUCAGAGACAUUCGAAGCCGAGAGGAUGCUAUUCCUGAAGCAUACCAGCAAACCUUCUCCUGGGUCUUUGAAAGACAAGUUGACGGGCGCGAAAGAAGUCAGCCAUGGUCAUGCUUUCCAACAUGGCUGAGAGACAGGACCAACGAGCCGUACUGGAUCACUGGGAAGCCUGGGUCCGGAAAAUCAACGCUGCUCAAGUUCAUCCUCCAACACCCACAGCUUAGAGGCGAGCUUGAAAGCUGGUCUGGAAAGCUCCCUCUCUUGACUGUAAGCUAUUACGCCUGGAAUGCUGGGUCCGACUGGCAGAAAUCCCGCCAAGGGCUUAUCAGGACGCUCUUGUUUCAGUCACUCAAACUCAACCCUGGACUGGUCCCUUGGGUUGCUCCUCGGCGGUGGUCUUUGCUCCUCAUUUCGCGAGGGGUUGUCGAGCAGCCCGAGUGGGAAAUGUGGGAGUUGGAGGAGUCAUUGAGACAUCUUCUCGGUGAAUGUGGGAAGACCAUGGCCCUGGCUCUGUUCAUUGACGGUCUCGAUGAGUUCCAAGUCGAGCCCGUCAGGAUCAAGACGCAAAUUCUCGACCCUCUUCGAGUUAUUUAUUCUCAGCAAGGGACCAAGGUAUGCAUGGCAAGCCGUGAGUGGAGCGAGUUCGAUGACGUACUCCAUCGACACCCAAAGCUUCGAAUGCAAGACCUGACGUUUCCUGACAUGAAACAUUACGCUACGUCUAGAAUGGCAGCUACUCGCGGGUUCCUGGAGCUGCAACUCAUUUUCCCCAGUGAGACUGAAGCUCUUAUGCAAGAGUUGCUUGAAAAGGCCAAUGGCGUUUUUCUUUGGUUGACACUCGUUGUCAAGAGCCUCCUCCAUGCCGCCAGUCAGGGCCGUGGCCUGCACCACCUCCAAGCCCUGGUCAACGCCCUCCCGAGCAACAUCGCCGACCUAUAUUCUUCCAUUUGGAGCAGCAUUGAAGAUGACAUUGUGCCAGACUCGUCAAAGCUCCUGGCGAUUGUGCGCGCAGCACAUGAGCCUCCAGAUGCACUAAUGGUGUGGCUGGCUGAUAAUAGCCUACCUCUCACUUUUGACUUCGAGUCUGUGCUGGCUCGAGACGGUGCAAGGUCUGGUAUCGACGACACAGUCAAACGCCGUUUGAGCAGCAAUACAAGGGGGAUCCUGGAAAUGUCUUCCUCUGGCAUUGUCGAUUUUCUUCACCGAACGGCUCGCGAUUGGGCAGCGACGCCUGAAGUUUGGGCACGGAUCAAUCUCACAAUUCCUCAAGACUUUGAUCCCAACCUUGUUCAUCUCAGGACAAAUAUCAUCCUCAAACGCUCUAGUGCAUACUUGCGCUUGUCCGGUGAGGGCUUGACUGAGAGGACAAUGCUUUACGCAUCUCGGGUUGCAGACUCUACAAUUAACCGCCCGAAACUAGUAUCGGCACUUGACGCAUUCGACGACAUGUUACAGGAAGCCUAUGACGAAGAAGGAGUAUCCUGGAUCACGCAUAUUGAAGGUGGCGUAUAUGAAAGUACAUUCUUUGGUUUGGCUGCACGGUUCUGUGUGAUGCCUUAUCUAAGGCACAAGGUUUCAGAUCAGAGCUUGACAAGUUCGAGCUCAAGAAAAUGCAUUUCCCCCCUGGAAAACGCAAUAUUUGGCAAAACUGACAGUCACAUGGAUCAGGUUCCGCUUGAAAAGAGACUGGGUACUGUCAAGUUCUUGUUAGACAGCGGAGCACCUGCAGAUCAGGCAUGUCUUCACUGGCCCUCUGAUGGCAAGAUACCUAUCAUCAAUGUAGUAAAUAGCAAGAUACUCAGCCAAGAGCCGCCGGGUAGUGGGUAUUGGACAGCGAUUGAGUGCCUGCUGAUGAGAGAACAGCGCCCUGUUCCAGUACCAGCACCAGCACCUAGAUUGAGUCGAUUGAGGCAGUUGUGGAGGCUUUGCGGGUAA